GCCGCCAAGUGCGGGGCCGAGGUGACGCUGUCGGACAGCGAGGAGCUGCCCCGCUGCCUGCGGAACUGCCGCCGGAGCUGCGGGGCCCACGGGCUGCCCGGGCCGCCCGGCCUGGGGCGCACCUGGGGCCGGCUCGGCCCAGCCCUGCUCGCCCUGCCUGCCGUCGACAUCAUCUUGGGAUCGGAUGUCUUCUUUGACCCAAAAGACUUUGAAGAUAUUUUAGCCACAGUUUACUUCUUGCUGGAAAAGAAUCCACAUGCUCAGUUCUGGACUACUUAUCAAGUAAGAAGUGCUGACUGGUCUAUUGAAGCUUUGCUCUGCAAAUGGAAACUAAAGAACAGCCACGUUCCCUUACACUCCUUUGGAGCAGACAAGGAGCACUUGGCCAGCUCUCCUCUACCCGGGAGACACACCAUUGAAAUGAUGAUCAUCUCACUAGCACAACCAGAUGGUACUUAA